GAGUGUAAAGCGCUUGUUCCAGCUGUGCCCAAACCUAUUGGUACACCUCGAAGACUGAACACAAAGACUCAGAAAACCUGCCGUCAGUUCAUUGACAACUUUGCCAUGUUGUCAGCAAAAGGAAAGGUAACCGAAUGCCGUCAAACUAUUGGCAAGCUCCUGAAGGCAAAGACAGAUCCAGACUUCCAAGUAUCCCUACGCCAUGGAGCAAGUCAAAACGCAAUCAAUGCGGGGAAUUUGGAAGAAGCAAGUCGUCUUCUUCGUGAAAUUGAGUCCAUUCUGCCCGAGACAAGCCAUGAGACAGAGCACAGGCUACGGUGGUACCAUCAGAAGUCUUUUCUUAAGUUGCGAGCUAGGAAGUACGACAUGGGGCUCCUCUGGGUACAGGAAGCAAUCCCUCUGAUCGAGACAGUUGCACCUGGCUGUAUCACAGGAUGGCUGCUCGUCAACCACGCCUGGUUCCUGACCGAGAUCGCCGCUGGCCAAGAUGACGAGGAAGACAGACGAUUCCUCAUUAAGAAAGCUGAGACAGAUUACCAACACGCCAUCGAGCAUGCAGAAAGAGAGGACCCCAAACAAAUGCUUCACUUCCAGUCACGAUUGCCCCAGUUUGCCAAAAUUGGUCUCGCCCUUAUGUACCUUGGAUGUAGGGAAUCCUGUGACAACUCUAGGUUGGGCAUAAUCUCCAAGGAUGUUUCCUUAGAAGACAUAAGGAAGGCUAAGAAUGUUAUCGCUUCCCUGGAUAAGGAGGGAAUGCUGUGUAAUAUUUCUAAGUUCUUGUUAAAGGUGGUUAAAUCGUGUCUGCUCUAUAGGCAGGGUAGUUACCAACAGGCUUAUGACUUAGCCCUGGAAGCCAGGGACUUCGCCACUAAACAUUCAUUUGGGGGGUUUGCUAACUUUGCCAACAGCAUUGUGAACUAUCUACAGGACUAUGUUUAAAAUGUACAUAAAGUAUGGAGUGGGAGAGGAAGUCUUGUGGACUAUUUAUAGGACUUAUAAUGUUUAAAAUGUACAUAAUGUAUUAAGUGGGAGAGGAAGUCUUGUGGACUAUUUACAGGACUUAUAAUGUUUAAAAUGUACAUAAUGUAUUAAGUGGGUUGACAGCACAUGGGUGAGGAGAAAUUGAGAGGUAGAAUGACAGGUCAAAGGUCUUAUAGAAUCUGGCUGGGAGCUAGCAUGGAGGAAUUCAGGAAGCUGUGGAUUGCAUUCUGGGAUGUCUGAAAUCUCUGAUUUCUUGUUUGAUUUUGAUGUGAAAUCUUAU